AAUUAUAAGCGGAGCGAGGAAACGGCCGGUUCAUCGUGCUAGGUCCUUCGGCAAAGUGUGACGAAUAGGGCUGUGCAUAAAAAGGAACAGAUAAACUCCCGAGGAUUGCCCCAGGGGCACUGUGCUGUGCUGUGAGUGUUUGUUCCCAAAAGUGUAGUGCGCUCGAUAAAAAACAACCCAAGCAAGCGGGAAACCGGAGAAGGUUUCAAAUUUCCAACAGCUGACAAGCGGCACCAGUUCCAGUUCCCGCGGUAUCGAUUAGGCGCCGAGGGUGGUGUUUGCUCAUUUGUUUUAUUUUCACCCUUCUUCCGGUGUGACACGGCCGCUCGUUGGUGUUUGGCAAACAUCAUUAGUUGCGCUGUGGUACACACCCCAGCGGGUCGGCUCCUUCCUGUGUUGUGCCGAAACCGAACCCUCAAAGUGCCUCGAAAUGACCACCAGCGAGCAGGCGUUCGAUCACAUCGAAACGAUCGACAUCGGCGGCCAACCGACCGACAUCGUGUUCCACCGGUUCGCCGACAAGCUGUUCCUGAUCAUCACCCAGUACCAGAAGAUGGCCAACGUGUACACGGUCCGGAGCCACGCGCACAGCGAGUUCCCGGAGGACGGUAGCGGGCCGGCGUCGACGGCCACCGGUUCCCGGAUCUACAGCAUCAAGCACACGUUCGGGGCGAGCUCGGACGAGGCGGAAGCGGCCAUCCGCUAUCUGAUGAACUUUAUCGAUCAGCACUCGGCCGAGAUUGUCAUCACACUCGCACUGAAGCGGAUCGAUAAGGCCACCCUCGACCAGAUUGGCGGUCAGCUGCGUAAGAUAAUGCUAGGGUAGAGAGAGCGAGAGCGAGAGCGAGUGUUUCCUUUUCUGUUCCGUGGAAGGUUUCUAAAACUGU